GUGUUGGGUGCAGUGGCGUUGCUCGAUGCAGCGAUUAUUCCACACAACCUCCUUUUCGCAUUGGUCGAGGAGAUGUGCCCGGAGCUGACAUCAAAUGUCCAGAAGCUCGGUGUGCUCGGCAAUCUCUGGCGAUGUUCGCUGAUCUCACGCUUGACUGAGGACCUGCUUGAUAAGAGCACGAGCCGGAACUGCCAGCAGGACUACACUGUCCACCGUGUGGUGCAGCAGUUCGUACUCUGUCAGAUGGACCAGAACAGCCGGCAUGAGGCAACGAUAACCUUGUCAGUCAAUCGCAAGACAGCUGUUCCAGACACAUUCACAUCUAAGACUAUACAAUUCCAGUAUGCAAGGGGUCUCAAGGGUGGGUCCGGCGUGCAUGGCGAACAAGGAUAG